CCCGAUAUGCUCCUAAUUUAAACAAUCUUAUUCUUCGCUACAAACCACCAUCACCAACCCAUUUUCGCCUCAAAGUUUCCGCUCCAUCCUCAACUUUUCUCUCUUCUCUCUCUACCAGACAUUCUAGACGUCCAACGUUUCCUCUUGAAAUGACCUCUAUCGCCUCCGAAAUACCAGCUCAACCCAUGAUCGACAUGGAAAAUCCGUUGUAUUGUCCUGCAGAAUCUGCUUCAAAAUAUCUCAAAUCGAUUACGACCGGCGGAGGGAUCAGAAAGCUCAGGAAGAAGGAAAAAUCGAUGAUAUUCAAGGGGACGAAGGAGAAGAAGAUCAUCGUCUCUUCCUUUUCCAAGAUGCUAGCUCAAGUCGCUAUCGCAAUGCAGAAAGAAAAGGAAAACCAGGGCUUCAAAGAAACAUCGUCCUUGUCGCUGUCAAAGGUCUCUACAAGUGAUUGCUACGACUAUGGUACUCCUGCACGACGACCGGUUCGCAAAACGCGUAAGGACCGCGCUGCUCAAUCUCUUCUCGAAGCCAAGCUUGUGACCCCAGUCUCUAGACGCGGUCAUUCUCCAAAUCUUCAUUCCAUCUCUAUCUCGCUUCCCAAAAUUCCGACGGAUGACCUACUUUCUUCAUCAUCAGCAUCUACCCUGUCCCUUCCCUUCACCGACGUUAGCAGUGAAACCUCCCUCAAUGAAACUCCAUCUCCUAUCACACCUCCGCUACCGCCUGGCUUAGGUUACCAAAUCAAAUCCGAACCGACUGAGCAAGUUGAAGACAACAUCAGGAAACCUCAAUCUAAUUUCAACGCCCAUUUUCAGCAAGUCAAGAUCGAGGCUCCCGUGCUGAAAAAGACGAAACGCAGCCUCGAAGAAGCAUUUCCAGAGCUCUUGAAGAACCCGUUCACGUCUACCCGGUCAUUCACAUCUGAUUUUACGAAAAUAGAAUGCAAUGAAAAUUCAACAUCAGAUCGUUCGCUCGACCUCGAACCGGAAGACCUGAAAGGCAUUGAACGUGGGAGAAAACUCAAUUACAGGGUCGGCAAUUCCCCAGACAAAGGUACUCGUGUGGAUUUCAAAACCAAAGAAGAUAACAUGGAUGCUGCGCAAAUGAAACGUCGUUUGCAGGAGUUGGAAGAAUCGGUCUACGGUCCUCGCAUUGGCACGGAAACGCCUAGGGGAUUCCAGAUCCUUAUACAGAGGUUAGACAGGAUGAUGCCAGGUAUUAAACUAGGCAAUAGGUUGGAGACGCUGGGGCAAAUCGCAACUGCAGGAAAUGGUAGCCACCUAAAUAACGAGCACAGGAUGACGCAAAAGGCGAAAGACGGGCCUCAUCAAGCUGCAGCCGACCUCCUUGCCGCUGAAGGUAUGUGCAUGUGUGUGUGCAAAUCGCCAGAAAUUGACAUCGAUCAAGGGCUCCUGAAUGAGCGUAUCAUCAACGUUUUUCGCACGUCCGAAGUAACCCGUCUCGAUCUGGGACCAUCUCUUUCAGAGGAAGGCGGUUUGAAUAUUGGUGGGAGAACUGUUUGGAAUGUUUUCACUCGACCACACAGCUUCCUUUUUCUCUCUGAGCUUUCUUUUAAUAAUACCCCAGUUCUGGAUAUGGAUCUCGUUAAACUGAUUGGACUGCCGAAGCUUGCGGUACUUGGAUUGAAGAACACUGGUGUUGGUGACGAAGGAGUAUUUCACCUUAUCGCGCUGAAGCUCACUCUUACUCGCCUCGAUUUGUCUGACAAUCCUUGCGUCACGGACGACGCCGUGCCGGCUCUCAAUUUGUGUAUCAACUCCAAGUUAAAUUUUCUAGGACUCGUUGGCACGAGUGUGGCAAUGCCUGGGUUACGUCUUAUGGCCAAACUCAUUCAAAGGGAGGACAGAAUCGUUGACGUAGAAAUACCGGAGGCGUGCGAGUCGUACAUCGAUGACAUUCCUAAUAUUUACCUUCUGUACCCCCAGCCGCCUUUGAUUACAUCGCCCGCCUUGUGUUCAAGGCUUUCUGCGGCGGCACUGCAGCGCAAUCUCGAGGCGCACGCCGAAGUCGCGAACAAACGGCUGGCUACGGUUGGAGCCGAGGCCGCCCCAGUUAAAAUUUUCACAGGUGAGACUAAGGAGGAAAUGUGUGAACGAUUACGGAAUCUCCUUGUGAAGAGGGAGGUGGAUUUGGUGGUCUGGGGAAUGAUAUAUGGUUAUGGGGAAGCUGAUGGGGGUGAAUGGGCUGGGAAGGACGAUACCAAAAAAUACAUUGAAGCCCAAGCUGCCGCCAUAGAAGCGCAUAAAGGACUCAGGUAACGUAAACUGUCAUUCUAACUGUCUUUGUAGCGCUUUCGCCUUUCUUUAGUCGUUCCUUUGAAUUCUGUCAAUGUUUUCUUUCGUCUUUUUGCAUUUUGUGUCGCUAUGUUUUCAUCAUGUUGUUCGCGUUUUAGCACUGCUCAUUUUUACUUACCCCUUGUUUCACCCGCUAAUCAUCGCGUACCUCGUCAUUCAAAUAUCCAUACUCCAGAAUUCAGACAUGCA